GACAAUUCUUCAGAUGAUUUACCCAAAACUGAUGUAGAUAAGAAAACUUUACCAAAAAUUGAGGUGAGUACACUAACUAUAUCUCAGCCCAAGCUUCAAAUUUCAGCAGAAUUAGCACAGUCAAAAGCCUCCUACGCCUCUCCAAAACUCUUCCCAUUCAAGAGAAAGCUAUCAAAAGAGAUGUGUAAUCCAGUUAUUAAUAAACUAAUUUCACAUUUUACUGACUCGCCAAAGUUAGAUAAGAAUUGUAGUAUCGAUACUGAAGAGCCAGGAAUUCCAUAUGAUGAUGUACUAAAAGCAUAUUCUAGUAAUUUGGAACUAAUUCAAGAGUUAAAAACUCAAUGCUUCACAAUACCCAUCCCUUGA